ACGUAUCAGAUAAGUACGUUUACACCAACUUACAGUUGAUAUCCGGCUCUACCGGUUCUUGUGUCAACCGACUAUUUUACUUUCACGCAUUUUUCCGACAAUGAAGUUUAAAGUCAAGUUAUUUUUAUUCUGCAGCAUAAUCGUCGCUUUCAUUGCGGUUCAAUGGAGUGGUCCGUCUUUUAACCCAGAGUCUUUAAAAGGAGCCCGGGUGCUGGUGACCGGUGCCAGCACUGGGAUUGGUGAACAGUUGGCAUAUCACUAUGCCCGUUUGGGAGCCCAGCUUGUUAUCACAGCGAGAAGGGAAAAUGUCUUAGCACAGGUUGUAAAGAAGUGUCUGGAAAUGGGUGCACAGAAAGCCUUGUUUAUCGCUGCAGACAUGGCCAACCCUACAGAUUCGGAGCGGGUGGUGCAUUACACGAUCGAUCAGCUUGGUGGGCUUGAUUUCCUGGUUCUGAAUCAUAUUGGGCCCAGUCCAUAUGGAAUGUGGGAUGGAGACGUAGAGCACAUUCGAUGGCUGCUACAGGUCAAUUUUCUUAGUUUUGUCCAGAUGGCUCAGAAAGCUUUGCCAACACUUGAAAGUAGCAAAGGAUCGAUAAUUGUUGUUUCCUCACUAAUCGGAAAAAUGCCUGGUCCUUUUGCAUUGCCAUACUCUGCAACAAAGUUUGCCCUGAAUGGCUUUUUUGGAGGGCUGCAACAUGAACUAGCCAUGCAAAGAAGCAACGUAUCUGUCACCAUCUGCACUCUCGGUCUUAUCGACACAGACAAUGCAAUGGAAAAAAUCAAAGGUUACAUCGAUAUGCCCGCCUACCCUGCACACGAAGCCGCUUAUCAGAUCGUUGUAGCUGGAGGGUCUCAGCAGACGGAGGUCUUUUACCCUUGGUACACCUACUACCUCUGUCUCAUUAGGGAUUGGUUCCCCUACUGGAGGGAUCUGGCUAUUCGAAAUUCCUACACAUAUAAUCCAUAAGCAGCAGGGAAUUAGUGACUGAUAGAAUAGAAAUCUGUGUUUGGUAAGACACAUAAACAUGAACUUUGUGGUUAAUACAUGUGCUCUCACAUCUUAUGGUGCUCAUGCGAGUGAUGCAGGUUCAAGUCCUGUCCUAAUGCUGCCUUUACGUGCUAUUGGAAAUGUAAUAAUUCGUAAUUACGAGCUUGUUGUGUUCAGGUGCUAAGUUUGCGGAAAGAAUGUACAAUAGGAACACUGAGACAUACAGUAUAUGCUUCAAAUGAUUAUUCAUAUAUGUUUAUAUGUAUUGUUUACCUCCGCAUCAGAGGGUGCAAUAUUCAUGUGCAAUAUUACAUACAGAAGGAAACUUGUAUUUAUGAUAAUUCGAAUAGCACGUGAAGGCAGCAUCACUCCACUAUCAAUAAUAAUGGCAAAAAAUCUAACUUUAAAACAUUGGUAGAAUAAAAAAAAAUCUGUAAGGUUUUAUGUUAGUAUAAUUCAUGUUUAUGUAGUUUUACAAGCAUAAAUGAUGUUUACCUUUUUACAGUAUUUUACUGCAUACAUAAACUGUGAAAUGAUUUUAUGCAUUUUUUAGGCUGAAUAAAAUGGAAUAUAAAAUAUGAUAUAUAAUAAAAACUUAAAAA